ACAAUAUGCAUUUACACAUGUCACAGAACGAUAUUCAUUCAUAUAGAUACAGUUUGGAUGUAAAUGUACACUGAUACUUUUAUUCUGUAUUGGUUGGUAGGUUAUUGUCGCCUUGGCCUGUUGGAUGUGUAAUUACAGUCAUAUUCUAAUUGAUUACAUUAACCCGGACAUGUAAAUGUAGUCAGUUUACUUGAAACAUUAAUUUAAAACUCAUUCGUGACUUCAAGUGUUGGUGAAAUACUAACCAGCUUACAUCACUGAGCUGAACGAAACGUUUUGUCGAAUGCGCAUCUGUGAGUUUGUAGUCCUUUUCUGAGAGUAUACGCAACCCAGGAUUAUUUGUUACUAACUUCGUUGUGAUGGCACAACCGGGUGCGCUUGGCGGCUGUCGCCGAUCAUCAAGCCUCGCGUCUCGGCGUGAAUCAAGAUGCCUGGGUCAUUACACUGGCUUCCCCAAGAUGAAGAUUCCCGAACCGGCAUCACCUCAGGCCGAACCAGCUUCAGCCAAGACAGUCGAAGAGGAAUCGACAUUUACAUUCUGGACGCCACCCAAGGUCGAGAACUACGGUAGCGAUAUGGGCGAGUUCCUGUGCAUUGGGGACUACGUGUGUCUCUACUGUGAGGAGACUGAAGGAUAUGUCUACAGUCUACAGUCCUGUUCCACCUACAAUGGACUGAAUGUAUACUGCAGACAGGAUCGGAAUAAGCCCAACAACAUCGCAAAUCCACAUGCGGUGACCUUCCAGGUCUGCAUCCAAAACAGAUACAAAUUAAACAAAAAGUUUAGGAAAUAUCAGAACAGCGUCGACAGGGAAUAUGACCAAGAUAUGGAAACAAAGGCGCUUCUGGCGCAGGCGAAGAUCUUCAAGGAAAUCAAGGCCGCGGCAGACGCCGAGAACAUUGACAACAUCGCGGAACAACGCCGCCAGCAGGGAAAACGAGUGCGAUAUGGAGAAAUCAUUCAGCUCAAGCAUUUGUUCACUGGGAAAUUCAUCCAUGUUAACACAACCCAGACGAGUAAAAGAGAUAAGAAUAAUAUGCUGGUGUCUCUGCAAGACUACAAUGCCAAGCAUGGACAAUUCAGGAUAUUACCGAGAUAUAAAGUGAAAUCGGAGGGAGAGGUGAUCCAAAUCUUUGACCAAGUGGUGUUGGAGAGUAUAAAGUCCCCAGGUCACUUCAUGCACGCCAGCGCCCCCUAUCAAAUCGAUUAUCUUACAUUUGGCUCUGAGUUGAAUCUUGGUGUUGAAGCAGCUGGUUUCACUGUCAUCAAGAACUACUCGCCAAGGAUUGAGCAUUUGAACUUUGUCAGGGGUGGUGUCUUCAUCAGUCUGUUCCACAAAGAACUGGAGGCUUAUAUCGUUGCUGAAGGUCUCUUCAAGGAGUGCGUCACAGAGCAAGUACAUUUACGAAUCCGUGAGAUCGACCAGCUGAACCCCAAGACAUUAUCACCCUCCACCUCGGCUAUAACCUACUGGGAGAUAGAACAAGAGAACAGCGUUAUUAGCGGUGACGUCCUAUUGUGGGAGCACCAGGUGCGCUUCCGACAUAUUUGUACCAGACAGUAUUUGUGUAUCAGUUCAGAGAUGAAGGUCACCUUGACCGAUGAUGUGGACGAUCCAAGGACAGUGUUCAGGUUCCACCCUGUGGUGAAGGAGGGGGAUGAGAUACUCUUUGAGAGUUACGCUAGGAUAGAGAAUGUCCUCACUGGCUACUGGCUACAUGCCCUCAAAGAUGAAGAAUACAAGCGUCAACAAUUCCAAGGUGCUGAGACAGAUACUUCCAUGAGAGGAUUAAGGUGGGAUGGUGCAGAGCUGAGAAAGCUCUCAGCCAGUGGUGAGAGGAUGUACGACGACGCAUUCACCAUACAGAAGAUAGAGGAGGUGCACGGCACAGCGUUUAACUUUGCCAGUGGCAUGGUGCCGUUCCUCUUCAAUCUGGUCAGGGAUAGACAGGAAGGGCGAUACCUGAACGCAAAGAAAACAUAUAAGGUGCUAACGGCUUUGAAGGAGCUAAAGAUAUUCCUCAUCGUUGAAGGAGAGGCCAAUAAGAAUAGACAGAAACUGCUCAGGAAUCUCAGGAUAAUUGAUUUCUUGGUGAAGCUGCUCCAGUAUCCCUUGCGUGGUGUCCCCGACGAGCUGAACCUGACCAAGGUGUUCAAAGAGGCCUAUGAUGUCCUUUACACAUACAUGAUAGGCAACAGCAGGAAGAAUGCACUGUACUUUGCUAAAUACAUCGACUUCUUCCAGACACAAUUCUCCGUCAAGGUAGGUGACAUCGGUCUCAACGUGGCCCAGAUGAUCGUAGAGCUGGUCAGAGAUAAUAGGAAGAUCGUUGACCGUAUCACUAAAGACCAGAUGGAUCAGUUUGUGGAUCUACUCAGAGAAAACCUGAACUACCGCUACCUGGACUUGCUGCGAGUACUGUGUGUAUGUGACGGCAUUGCCAUCCCUGACAACCAGUCCUACAUCGUGCAGAGGUGGCUCAUGAAAGACAAGCAAAAUGCCCGUAUGACCGUCGAUAUGACCCCAACGCCCCCAGAUUCGGCUCUUUUGAAGAAUGCUGCAGCUACGCGUGGCUUGUAUCUGACUGAGAGGGGACAGAACAUCCAUAAAACGCCCAACAUAUGUUACGUUUCCACGGAUAGAGGAAAGAACUGGGCACCUCUUCAUGAGUUCGUUGACAAAGGUAAUCCGAACUUCAGUCAAGAUGAAUACACCUUCCUCAUCCAUCAGUUAGAUCUGUUUGCCGCCCUUUGUUAUGGCCGAAACGACCUCUGCAUCCAACUCAUCACUAGACAGUUGAGUUACCUCUCCUGGGAGGAGGUGUUCUUGUGCGUACAAUCUGAAAUCUUGCCCGAUGCAAUCAGGGCCAAGUAUUGUGAACUAAUCAUAGGCCUGUUCGUCAAUGUUGGCAACAACUACUCAGUGCUGGACAAUCCGAAUAUCUCCUUCAUCUAUGAGUACGUGGGUACAAAGGAUGCGGCAAAGUCACAGGAUGCAUCGAGUGCUCCCCGAGAUCUGGUGACGAUCUUCCCGGUACUGCGUGACUGGAUCGCUGAGUUCUUGGACAACAAUAAGGGAAUGACCGCCAGUGAGAUUGGCCACAACAUGUUGAUUGCAGAGGUCCUUCGCCUUUUGUCCUACCUGGUGCAGUUUGGCUAUUACGGCGAUGUAGAGGACGUAAAGGACUUGCUCAGGCCUUUACUGAGUUUGUUAGAUGGGCGCCAUGAUGUGCCCUUCCCGAAAGAUAAAGACAAAGGUAAAGGUGGCGUGACAGCUGGCGUAUUGAAGACCCCAAAAACGCCGGGUUACAGCAAGGAUGCGAGUAAGCUUGUGUCCAAGUAUAGGGCUGGUGAGAGGUACGAUGUCGCUCCUGAGACCAAGGCCAUCGUUGAUGCCAAAUGCAGAGCUAUGGAAGUGCUCGAUCUUCUCUUGACGUACCAGUCCAAUACUCGUCUCGAGGCCUUCGUCAGGAAGUUCAAGCAGUGUGAGGUAUCAGCAGACUUCAAGUCAAAGAAUCAGAACAUACUGCUUCCAGCCAUCUACUCCAACUACAAUGCCUUUGAGACGAAGAAGGGAGCGAUAAAAAAGCAGAAGUUGAUGGUACGAGAACUGAAGGAGAUGUUUGAGGACAGUGCCUACAUCGACGGGGAACAAAUCACACACAUUCUCCUCGAUCUCUCAAACUAUAAGUAUGACAAGAUGGUGCAGCAAUCAUUGGGGCUUCUCACAAAGUUUUAUUCUUCCAAGACGAACCUCUUCAAGACUGCAGUCAGGGCGCAGGUGCUUAUAACAACAGACAGUUGCAAGACGCACAGAGAAGUAGCGCGGCAGAUGCCGAUCAUGAGGAUGCUGGCAAGACAGAAACUGAAUGACAGACAGUGUGAAAGAAUGGAGGUCAUCCUCGAUGAGUUCAUAGAAAUGUGCCAUUUACCCAAAGUGCCUGAGGAGAGACAUCCUAUGAACCAGAGUAUUUUGGUCACCCAUGACGUAUUGCGGGUUCUCUUCGAGAUCUUAUCCCAGGAAAUCGAUGUGGUCACCAUGGACCGCUACCCAGGAAUGGAGAACAUAUUCCGAAUGUCCCUCAAGCUGCUGCAAUACCUGACCCGGGGUUUCGAUCUGGUCCAGAGAAGGGUGUUUGAUCGGUUGGAUGGCCUCUUGAGAGUCUCACUUGCUAAACCUGAACUCUCCUUGGCCCUCAAAGAGGUUUUCAUUGGCAAUCAGAACACGUGUCUGAAGAUACUACCGCGACAAAUCCAGAAGAUCGUUGGCAUCGCCUCUGAGCUGAGAGAGAAAGCGCCAGGUUUUAUUGACCUUCUCAAUGUCAUAGCGAAGGUCGAAGGUCACGGUCUUGCCUUGAAAAGGAAUCAGACGCUUGUCAUGAAAUAUAUUAUGCAGAACUACGCCAAGGCAGCUUACGUACUGGAUCAACCCUGGGAAAUGAGAGAGAAAAUGUUGACAUACCAAGGAGAACCCGCCCAUCUUCAUUACUUGGUUGGCUUGAUUGAUCUAUUGGCAACAUGUGCAGAGGGUGAGAACCGUUUCAUCGAGUCCCUCUGCCAGACCAUCUUGUCCCUGGAGGAAGUACUGGUGGUCCUGAACCAUCCACGUAUUGAGCUGAAUCUCAAGAAGCCUUACCUGCGUUAUCUGCUCUGGGUCUACAUGCGGACGGCUGGCAGCGUCAUUGAGAGCGGAGCAGGUGAUCUACCUCAUGACACUUCCGUGUGGUCCUACAUUCAGAAGAUCACGGACGAAGCCAAGAAGUUGACGGAGUUCAUUGAUGCCAUGGACCUUGAGAAGGUCGGGCGUCUACUGCAGCAGCCUCCUCCCAAAAUCACAGGGGGGAAACAGGAUCAAGUGAUUCUGUCCCCAAGUUCAGAUGGCGACGUGAACAUCCAUUCAGACACAUGUGUGCUAUUAUGUACAUGUGACUCAGGGUCAAGAACAAGCCUUGGAACAAUGUCUACUUCGAUGGAGGAUACUCAGGAUGCUGAAACAACGGCCCAUGCAGCUCUUCAUUACUUCUACGAGGCAGUCAUGCCUUUCCUUGAAACAUUCUUUGACAAGUUCUACCAGCCAGACCCAGAUCUGUAUCAAGGAGAAGAGGAAUUUGUCAACAAUCUGACCACAGCGCUUGUGAACUUGAACGAAGCUGUGUGCCCUGUGAUGGUGAACCCGGAGUAUCUGAAGACAAUGAUCUCCUCAUUGACCACCAUCAUCCCACUAUCAGAUACUCCAAAUAGCGCAAUGGAGAACAUCGUUGAGAAGAUUGGCACGCGAAGGAACUUCGAAGACACCACAGCACAGAUAAAACUGGGUAACAUGAAUUACUAUGCCAAUGAACUUGACCUGAAUGCCAAGCUGCGGACCUUUGCCGUCAACUGCAGCUUGUUGUAUGGUGGUCACAAUACUGUUUCUGCGCAGAUGAAAUACAGGUCAAAAAGAGAGUACACGACUAUUGGUGGUGACGAGGAUCUCCCUCUCGGGGAAGAGUUUCAGAGUCAUCUCAAGUGUUUCAUACGAAGCAGCGAGAAACAGGUAGAGGAGAAGUACAGGUUAUGCGACAAACUUAUACAUCAAUUAGAAAUCUCGGCCAAGAACCGCCGCGUUAGCGCAUACUCAGCAGAUGAGGAAGCCCUUGACGUGCGGUGCCUUCAGCUGCUCAGGGCUUGCAUUCAUAACGAAGAGAGGAAGCUCCCGGAGGACUGGCAGAACCGGACUCAGGAGAGGAAGAUUAGAAAGGGUGUUAAGAUCAUAAGGGACAUUCAGGCAUGUAUCAAUAACUUUGGUGUAGCCUUGAAGGUCCUGCCUCACCUUGCUCGGCCGAGCGAUGACAUCACCAGGGAGGUACUGGCACUGCUGUGUUCACUCCUCUUCAACGCGAAUAGAGAUGUUCAGACAUCACUGUUGAAGUAUUUCCUACUCACAAGGGAGGAGGUGUUCUUCUAUGCGAUCAGAAACAGAAUGCAAAUGUCUGUUUGCGCGAUCAAGGAGCAGCGCCUCCUUCAGGCCCAGAGAGAAGCCCGACAGAAACAGAAUGAAGAACAAGCACGCAACCUCGAGUGUUCCAUGACAUUAGGCAGAAAAGCCUUCCAGCAAAUCCGAGCAUUUGAGACGGCCAUGCGGGUGGAGGAAAUCAAAAGGGGAGCUGCCGUCAAUUUACUGCCAGUUUUAAACCAAUAUGAAACUGAAAUAUCCCAUUACCGUUCAUGCAAGGAUUACGGAUCACAAAAAUUCAAUCUGUCUGCAAUAAAAGUGAAGAAAAAGAAACCGGAGAAAAAACAGAAAAAGCCAAAAAUGAGGAAGAAAAAGAAGGUUGUGAAGGACGUGCGAUUCUCAAACGGGAAGAUGACCGAUGGGCAGGCAUUGAUAGCAAACAAGGAAGAAGGACUGCCCUUGGACGAGAUGGAGAUGGACGUCAAAGUUGACGGUGACGCCAGUCCAGAUAUUGAAGGAGAAGAGGUUCCGGACAAAGAGGAGCCACCAGAAGCCAAGGAUGAUGGCUAUAUUGCUCUGGUGUUGAAGGUGUUGGCCAGGGUCUGCGAUGGGCAACAUCGUGGACUACAGGAUUACCUCCGGGAGCAGCCGGACAACGUCAAGUCCUUCAACAUCGUAGCAGAGACAGCCCAAUAUCUGAACGCACUCUACUCCAACAUCAACGCAGACACGAUUGACCUGGCCAUACAGCUUUUCAAUACGCUGAAUGAGUUUUGCGCUGGUAAUCAAGAAAACAGGGCUGCUGUCUAUGACAACAAGGUCAUUGACUACAUCAACUUCAUCCUUCGAGCAGGGGACUUUCAGGGUUGCACGCCAGAACAGGUUCUGGAACUUCGGCAGGUUGAAUCAGCAUUAGUGCUAACGCUGAUUGAAGAGAACGGACCAGAAGCUUUGCAAGUUGCCAAGGAGGUAAAGGAUGCCCUGGAUAAGGAGGCCGUCUACAGAUGCAUGACAGAGUGUUACGAAAUGCAUCAGUCUGAGAAACCCAGGUUCGAUCAUCUGGUGAAGUCGUCCAGAGUCGAUAAUACGGAUGGUGCAAAAAGAGGUGGUGGUGGAUAUCUUAAGUCAGCCAAAAGUUUAGCUAAGGUUGGAAGCAGCUUUCUUAAAGGCAUGGUGGAUAAGAAAGCACAAGGCGAGAUGAAGGAAGCGCUGAUGGAGUGUGGCUACACAUUCUACCUGAUUCUCGCCAGGCUCUACGAUAUCGACCCAAACAUGGGCAAAAAAGGAGCCCACGACCCGUACGGGAAAGCAGGGCUCGUAUUAGGCUUACUAAGGCUCUCUACUGAAGAAAUCCACAUUUCCCUGGAGCAGCAGGUUGCCUUCAAGUACUACAAGAAGAACUGUAUGUCCAUUGAGAUCCUGAAGGACGACCAUCUCCAGAAAAUCAACUUCAGAGUAAAGAACAAGAAUGUGAUGAGGGAAGAGGUGAAGGAGAGAAUGAAGUGGAGUGUUGACAGAUCGUCGCCAAGCAAUAAGAUCCGGGACUUCAUGGAUUGGUCCAAGGACAUCCUGAAGGACAUCUACUACCAGCGGAAAGUGCUUGGUAACCCACUGGCGCUGUUCUUCACUAAGUUUUGGUUGACUUGGAAUCACUUGGCGACCCUCCUCAGUGUUGCCAUCAAUGUGGUCAUGCUGGUCACGUGGAAGGCAAAGGCCAGCUUGUUGACCACCGAUAUACCCGAAAAUGCAACCAAUAUUCCCGAGCUUAUUUACGACCCUGAACCUGAGAUCCGUAUCAUCCCGAAGGAACAAUACCUCAUCAUACGAUAUGUGCUAGGGGGAGCGCACAAUCUCUUCUCGCUCUUUGUCUUGUUGAGUUACUUUGUCUCCAAUCAUCCACGAUUACCCUCACCAACACUCUGGGCGAAAAAAAUAAGGCGAGCACUGAAACGACGAAAAAAAGACUCGGAAGCAUUUGAGGAGGACGAAGAUGAAGAAGAAACAUCCAAACUUGCUGUGAACUUCCUGAGUUUUAAAACAUUUUACUACGUCAUAUUCCUUGCUAUGUCAUUAGCUGGUACAUGUUUCAAUGGCUACUUCUUCGCUUUCCAUCUACUGAACAUAGUCAACAACAACCAGUUAUUAGCAGGAGUCAUUCAAGCUGUCACACAGAACGGUAAAUCGCUGCUGUGGGUGGGAGUGUUGGGCAUGGUCGUGUUCUAUCUCUACGCUGUGGUCGGCUUUGCCCUGUUCAGGAGUACCUUCUCCCCAGACAGUUCCAUGUACUGUGAUGACCUAUGGCAAUGUACGGUCACCGUGAUACGAUUUGGACUCAUUGGCGAUCUCUUCGAGGUCCCGCGUUUUGUGAAUGGUACCAAUACAGUAAUGUCUCAGAAAUUGUAUGAGAUUAUGGUGCAGCACCCCAAGGAAGCGACUUUUGCACGGUUCGGAUGGAUCGUCCUGUACCACGUGUCCUUCUUCAUCUUCAUCACCACCAUCGGUCUGAACAUCAUCUUCGGUAUCAUUGUGGAUACCUUCUCUGAGUUGAGAGAUUUAAAGUGGACAGCAGAAUCGGACAUGCGAGACACCUGUUUCAUCUGCAGCAGAAACAGCUACGACUUUGAACAUCACGGAAGUGGCUUUGACUUGCACGUCAGAGCAGAACACAACAUGUGGGCUUACAUCUUCUUCUUCAUUCACCUUGAUGACACCAAGCACAAUGAUUACACCUCAUUGGAGCUCCACGUGUACACUCUGCUCCAGCAGCAGAAGUUUGAUUUCUUCCCUCUAAACCGUGCAUUGUGCUUGUCGGGUAAAGAUGAAGACUCGACUGACUCUAAGAUAGAUGAGUUACUCUUCCACGUGAAGACAUUGAUCCAGAGACAGAAAGAAGAGGAAUCUGAGAAGAAGCGUAAUGCAGAGCGUCUGAAGCAGAAACAGUGGCAGGAGCGCCACAGGAACGUGCUGAGUAGACGACGAUCGUCACGUCGACCAGACGACGGCCCACCAGGACCGGGCGGCCCAGGUGGUGGCGGUGGACCACGACCCGGACCUGGAGGUGGACCAGGAGGCAUGGGCGGUAUGGGAGGCGUGGGCUCAGGUGGCCCAGGUGAUACAGCUGAUCUCCUGCAGAGGAUGCUGUCAGAACCUGGGACUCCUAGGCCCUGGUUGGUACGCCAGCCUUCCAUCACCGGCAAGUCACCAAUGGGCCCAGGCGCCACAAUCGGAGCACCACCAAAGAAGACGGAGAAGACACCAUAUGGUGAUCACUCAGACAGUGGGGAAAGUGAUUACUUCUUGGAUCAGCCACUAGAUGAGGAGGAAGAAGAGGACCUUGAAGAUGAGGAAACAGAAGAUGAAGGUCAGGAUGACGACAAGGGAGCGCGCGUCGUAUCGCCGCGCCAUCAUCACUCCAGGAGUAGGAGUCCAUCUCCUGCCCCGCCACAAUGGCCUGAGGAAGGGGAUGGUCCUCCAUCUCCUGUACCUUCUGAUGAAAACUUCCACCUUCUUCCUGUAGAUGAUGAUGACGACGACGAUGAGGAAUUCUCGGAAGAUGAGUCGAUCGCGGACAGUGACCUGUCUGAUGGGUCAGGAGAAGGUCGAGGAUCAUACAACGUUACGAGGGAGGAACCACCCGAGAAGCCUGAGACUCAUUUAUAAGCGAUGGAACUUGAACAAGAAUUAACUGAUCAAAUCCAUGAUGGACAUUACCAACCUCAUUGGAGAGUUAUUUGGACUGCAGUUCAAAUGAAGGCUGAUGAUUGCCAGUCGCUUUUAUGUCCUACAAUGUGGGUUGAUUUUGUUUGUUUCAAAACGACUUACAUUGGAGAUAAACCUUCUCGCCUGCUGAAAGAUUUGUUCAGAUGGUGUUUUUUUAGAUUUGAAAUGGACUUAGAUUUGAGAUGAUCCUCGAGUUACUGACGAGAAGAUUAUGGAAAAUAUUAGUCGGAUGGACUAUUCGCAAUGUAAGCAGUGGGACUGAUGGUUCUAACAUCAGUCAGGUAGGUACAUGCAGUGGUUGUUAUGAAGGCAUUUUAUUGAUAGACGACAGAAUAUUGAUGUAUUAUAAGAAGUAAGGACUGUGAUCUGUCUGUAGCGAUUGGGCUGGUCAUGGAGUAAUCUUGUGAUGCUGGUCAAGUCCGUAGUGUUAUAAGGCCACAAGGGAUGCCUGCAAUAGGCUAUGGCUUAUCUUUGUGGUGGGAGAAGGCGGUUGUAUUGUGUGGCACAUCAUGAUUAAACUUUGAAUGCAAUUAGUAUGAUUUUGUGUUUGCUGUUUCACGGUUUACCUGAUGUACGAUUUAUUUAAAAGGAGUUAGAGCCAAACCUAAUUGACUGAAACAAAUUCUGGUGUAUUUUACAGGUUAGAAUUGCAGGGGAGAAGGCUAGCUUUGUCAAAUGUCAAGGGGGCUACUGGUGUUGCUUGAACGUUGUCUUAGGAGACUGAGAUUGACGUUAUGCAUUUUUUGGGAUUAACACUUAAAAAUUAUAGUCAGUGAUAUUUCUGCUUCACUCAAUGCGACAGCCUUCUCUCACCGAGAAUGAUGGUGCAAGUAAAUCAACUACCUGUAUUUAAUGCAUAUUGUAAUAUUAUCAUCAUUUUAUACCUUCAGGUUAUGUUGUAAAUGUAGAUUUUAUGAAAGUUUAUCUGAGAAUAUAUAGUUAAUUCAUAUAACGUUUUGUAUAAUAAAAUAAUGUAACUAUCAGCCUGUUUGUUGUAUAGCGCUCUAUCUCAGCGCUGUAUAUAUAGUGAAUUAAGAUUAACCCAUUGGCCAUUAUCAACAUUAGUCGAUGUUGUAUUCUGAUGAAGUGUUAUUGCUCCAAAACAAAUCAAUGCUGCCUAGCCAAACUUUGAAUGAAGAAAUUUGAGAUAAGGGGACAUCUUUAGGGACAGUAACGUGAACAGCGCAAGUGUUUACAAGAGUCAUCCCUGCAGGCAAUCAGCUUUCUCUAAGACUCCUAAGCAGUCCAUUUCGUCAUACUGAUCAUACCCAGAGGCUGGUCCACUGCAUCCGGAGUAUACUUUCUCCACGCAGAGAUGAUACUCUUGGAUAUUCUAGAGUAGGGCAUUACACUCUCAUUACCACGCGAAGUAUAGGUAUUAAUCUAAUCCUUAUAAAUAAAACGGAGAUCUACCACCCCUUUUCCAUACGUGUCCCCUUCUUUUAACUCAUCUGCAAAACAAGAAAUGUGUUAUUCGGCUAGCAGCAUUUUUCGCUUUGGAGUUGCAUCAUCAUACAUGGCGAUAUUGGUAUCAAGACUAUAAUGAGUAUAGCAACAUUGGGUGCACGUUAUAUUCUAUGAGGACAUGGUUCAUGUAGUCACAUUAGUAUGUAAUGAGUAACUAGGUGUACUCUCUUCAAGUAUACACAUUUCCAAAAACCCAUUAUUUCAAAGUAUUGGUGUAGUGGUCGUAAUGGGUUUUUUAUAUCUCGUAUAACAUAACUGUAUAAAUCCCUAUCAAACUACUUUUUGAUUGGUGCAAAUUUUUGUUGUAUAUUUGAACUUAUUAGUACAAUAGAGGUCGCCGGAAUUCGCCAUGUAGCCAUUAAGUCAGAAACUGCAUUAUUGCCUUUUAAAGGGGGACUAGAUGCAGGAACAAGGGGCAAUAUUUUGGUUCUUUUUAUUUACAGGGUCUUAUCUGUAUCCCUGCUUUCCCAAUGACCUUCUUCCCUGCCUCGUUUUUUUCUUUAGAUACUCAAGCCACUUUAACUGUGUACAACACCUUAGGAAGAUUCUUAAUGUGCUGCCAGACCUUAUAUCCGCGUGAAUAGAGUUUAGGUGCAUAAAGUGAUGUUUCUUACUGCUGUGUAUGUUCUCUGCUGAGUAGGUUAUUCUCGUAACCACGCCUUAUUUUCUUCUGACAGUAUAAGCUGCCUAUAUAAAUGGAGUUAUAAAUAGGUGCACAAAAUUCUGUUUUUGUAAAGAAAUUGAUUAUAGAAGACUCUCUGAAUUUGACGAUUCUUAAAAUAACACAUUUUGUUGUUGCAAGAAUACAUUUACUGCAAGUACAAACCCAGUGAAAUAACGCAUUAGUCAUCACGGACCUUCUUUCUACUCCGAAAAUUACAGUUCUGACACAUCGGUUCUGGAUUUCGGACAGAUAAAAAUCCAAUGGCAUGAUGCGACUUUUUAAGAUUAUGGAAGGAGCUUGGCUGGGCAUCGAAAUUGUUCUUGCUUUUCCAAAGACUUACACAUCGGCUUGAUCUAGCGAGUUUUUCUGAGACAUCUAUCGAAAUGUAACAUACAGCACUGGUCAGACAUUUCACAAAGUCUUUUUCAAUCAUUUGAUAAAGCAAUUGGUAAAUUAUGUAUUUAACUUGCAUGAUGGGGGAGCGCCAACUGCCUUCCCUCGUAGCCUUCGAGCAGCUCUUGUGAACUCGGCGUAUUAAGUCGGGCAUGAUGUACUUUUCUAUAUGUUGUCACAAGUAACCUGUCCAAGUUAUUAACAUUAUCCUCAUUUGUUUAGAAUAUACUAGUACUUGAUCACUGGGUGUAUCACAAUAUGCAGCUGCCUAGUAUUUAAAACUCACGAGCAAAGAAGGCGUUGGGCUCAAACACAGAUGUUACGUGUUGUAGCAAGUUGCCCGAGACACCAAUCGUUAUGAUUCCUCCCUCAAUUAUCCAAACUUACUAUCACUGUGAUGAAUAAAUAGUAGUAAAUGCUCUUACUCAGUUCUGUACAAAAAUAAGCCUCGAGAGUGUAAGUGUAUAUGAUGUUUUCAAUAAAAGCAUUUACUAGUCUUUUUUUCAAAUCACCCAUUGUCCUAUUCGCCUUUGGGAUGGAUUCCUAUAAAGCAAUGUCGGCGUUAGGACUACAUUGUAGACCUCUAGAUUGUAAAUAUACGUCGUGAUUAAAGAAGCAUUUACUAAUCUAUUCAUAUCACCCAUUGACGUUUUUCUCCUCAUCUUUGAGGUGGAACUCAAAUGGCCUAGGCUAUGUUAUGUUUAUGACUAGACUCCUGAGGCAGUCUAUUCAUCAUUCUAAAUAAAGUCUCCAUGUGUGAAAAGGACGAGACUAAUCCACUGCAUCCGGCGUGUAGGUUAUCACAUUCAUGAACAGCAAACAACAACAACAAAAGUUUAUUUAGCUUCAUAUAUUUAGUAAUGUUUGUUGCAUAUUUCGGUACACCCUGUAGAAUUAUCGGCAGGCACCCUUAUGGACAAACUCCGUAACCUGUAGAGUAGUAAUUGGACAAUCGUUCAAGAGAAGACAAAUGAUAUAGAACCAUGCAGCUGAUAUCUCAAAAGGCUUUUGUUUCAAUUUGCCAAGACGCCAAUGCUCCGAGAAACCCAACUGCAAGGGAUUCUAAAAGUUAAGGGUGCCAGAUCGCUAAAUAUAGCAUGAACCAGUUUACUAUUAUGUGUAUAGAUGAUGUAUAGUCACGACCUGUCUCCUUGAUGUUACACAUUUCAUGAUGCGUUCGUGCUGAAGUUUAUUAAGAUUUGUACAUAUAUUUUCGAGAAA